CAAUAACAUAGCAGCAGAUCACAGCAGGAGAUUCCCGCAUUCCGAGAGAGACGCGGAUGGAGAGCGCGCAGGAUCGAUCGAUCUCUCUGUAGCUCCUCCUGCUGCUGAUCACACCAAUGUACGGUCAUGUGAGCGAACAGCGUCCAGAAAGCCGCUAUAUAAACCCCCAGCUCAUCUGGCCGAGGUCACUAACACUGCUUCAGGACACUUGAAGACUCUUGCGGCGCAGCUGUCAUAAUGUCCAACGAAUGGGGAUACGCAGACCAUAACGGACCUGAGAAAUGGUGUGAAAACUACCCGAUUGCUAAUGGACCUCGCCAGUCUCCAAUAGACAUUCAACACAGUGGAGCAUCUUAUGAUGAAUCGCUGAAACCGCUUCAUCUGCAGUACGACCCCUCCACUUCACUGGACAUCCUGAAUAAUGGACACUCCUUCCAAGUCACCUUCGCCGAUGAUGACGACAGCUCAACUCUGACGGAAGGCCCAAUCUCAGGCAAAUACAGACUCAAGCAGUUCCACUUCCACUGGGGAGCCAGCGACGACAAGGGCUCCGAGCACACAGUCGAUGGGAAAUGCUACCCAGCUGAGCUCCAUCUGGUCCACUGGAACACAGAAUAUCCCAGUUUUGGGGAAGCAGCCAGUAAGCCUGAUGGUCUUGCCGUGGUUGGAGUUUUUCUAGAGAUUGGUGCAGAAAAUCCUAAUCUCCAGAAGCUUCUGGAUGCUAUGGAUGCAAUCAAGUGCAAGGGAACGCAGACCUCAUUCACAAACUUUGACCCAACCGUCCUGCUCCCAGAGUCUCUGGAUUACUGGACGUACCUGGGGUCUCUGACCACCCCUCCUCUGCUCGAGAGCGUCACAUGGAUCGUCUGCAAGCAGUCAAUCAGCGUCAGCUCGGAGCAGAUGAAGAAAUUCCGAUCUCUGCUUUUUACAGCAGACAAUGAGGAGGCUUGCUGCAUGGUGAACAACUAUCGCCCCCCUCAGCCUCUGAAAGAUCGUGAGGUCCGUGCAUCUUUCAAAUGAAGGACAACCCCCCCUCCCCCCCCCCCCGGACCUCACUUCCUCCCCUUCCCUCCCUUCUUUAGCAUGAUAUGCAAACGCUAUGCCCCCAGGUCAAAGCACCUUCACCCUCCAUGCAGUGAUGCUGUGCAACCUGCCAGCUGUCCAGCAGACCAGAUGUGCUGUUUGGAGAGUAAAGAGGCUAUGCAGGGAAUCAUGUCUUUGUACUGUCCCUCUCUUUCUUUCUUUCUCCUUCUUCAUUCAUUAGUGCAAAUGCUUGAAUUAUUAGGACUUAGAAUAUGGUGCCAAUUUUGUAUAAGGCUCUGAUUUACAUGUGAUGCAUUGACAGACAAGAGGAGUAAUAUAUACAUGGGGUAUUUAAUAUUUAAAUUGAAUAUUUAACUAUAUUUGUAUUGCUUUCGAGCAGAGAUGACCAAAUCUGGACAAAGCUGGGGCCUGUGAUGACCUUCAUUUUGGCCCGUCAUAAUAUAUUUACAUUUAUGCAUUUGGCAGAUGCUUUUAUCCAAAUGACUUAUAUUGCAUUGAUGGUAUAAUUUUUUUUUUUUUUUUCAUGCAUUUCUUUUUGCACCUCUUUUUUUUCACAGUAGAUGGAUACAAUGCAACAUUUAUUUUUGAAUAACAGACCUCAAUCACGUUUGAUUUCUGGUCCUUUGUAUUAAAGUUUGAGCACCUCUGUUCUAUAGACUAGACCAGCAUCUCAGAUUGAAAUGCAAAGGUACGGCAGAUUGGCAGAUUCCCGAACAGAUGCCAUCUGUGCUGCUGUCCUUCCCUGCCAGGCUGUAAUCUCUGGCUGUCUCAGCAGUGCUGAAGCUUAAUGAAACCCAAUGCACACUGUUAUCAGGCUGCAAGGUCUCGAAAAUUCCCCUUUGGUAAACAUCCAUGUCGGCACGUAGGGAAAUAACGCACAAAAUCUAGCAUGUACUGUACAAUCAGAGCAGUUUUGAUUUGACGUAUUUGUGCCUCAUAUAGUAAUUGCAUUUUCCUGUGUGUGUUUCUGAAAGAUGUCAUUGAUUGCAACUGAUAUUCAUAAGAUUUCAGUUUAAAAGCAAUAGCAAUAAUUGCAUGAAACCCUUAUAAUUCCUUAAUUAGCCGUUUCUUGUUCUAUGCUUUAAUCUUGGACUUUGAGUUAUUAGUCUCUUCAGCUGUAUUGCAAAGCGAUGCACAAGCAACACAGUGAGUCUUAACAGAAGCCAAAAUGCCAAUAGACAAAUCUUGCAGGUUAAGCAAGGAGGUCAACAUCAGCUCUUCUAAAGCACUGGGACCAGGGCUUGUGUCUUAUGUUGUGUUUGUAAAGUCAGCUGGUUGGAAAUAUAUUGUGUAAUGUGAUAUUGAAUGUAUUUUACUUGAAUAUGAGGGCUUUGUUAAGCAAUACUGUUCUGCCAUACUCUGUUCUGCUAUUUUCAAAAAGGAUAUUUUAAGUAAAGAUAUUUUAUGCUUA